AUGACUCUCUUCUUCUUUUUCUUUCUCUCUGUCACUGCUGUACCCAUUGCUUCUCAGUCUUUAUCCUGUACUCCUGGUUUCUUUCUCAGUGGAAGUGUCUGCCGAAAAUGUACUAUAGGAUCGUACUGUCCUGAUGGUAAGAUUCAAAUCUCAUGUCCUCCAGGCAGUUAUACUGAUCUCUAUGAGCAAUCUACCUGUCGUCGAUGUCGUAGCGGUUGGUACCAAAUCCAAGCAGGUCAGACAACAUGUCUCCGUUGUGGCUUAGGCCAGUUCUGUCCAAAUGCUACCAAGCUGCCACAACCCUGUCCUGCAGGAACCUAUGCUGAUCUCUAUGGACAAGUUAAAUGUCGUUUCUGUCCAACAGGAUACUACAAUAUUCGAUCAGGUGCAACCUAUUGUACAAAAUGCUUUUUGGACGUUGAAUGUUCCAAUUCGGCAGUGUCACCAAAACCAUGUGCUACUGGUUAUUAUAACCCACUUUAUGCACAGACAAAGUGUCGUCGUUUUCCAGCUGGUAACAGAACAAUUCAUUUACCGGGAUGUUUCAAUGUCAAUACUUAA